AUGGAGAGAGAUAGAGAGCGAGACGAGAGCGAGAGAGUGAGAAGUGCGAACCCAGCUUCGAGCGAGACCCACGCCGGCGAGAGCGAGACCCACGCCGCCACGCGAGACGAGAUCCACUUGCCGCUGUUGCCGCCGGUUGCCGUUUCCCGAUCUGCCCAGCCCAGCUUCGAGCCUUCACAGAAUCACAGUUCAACUUCAAAUUCUUCUGAAGUCAACGUGGAAUUGCCAACAACUAAUGUUGCUAUUCCAAUUCCGGAAAAUACGGAUGUUCCAAUUCCGGAAAAUGCGGAUGUUCCAAUCUCUCAAACACAAUUUCAAAGAAUUGAUCUUGAUUCUUUGGAUUAUGAUCUCGGAACACGCAAACAAAUAUGGGAAUAUCAUGUUAAUCAACGUGAUGAAAUUCGACGGGCUUACAUUAAAAAAGGUCCGCACCAACCUCCUCUAGAGACAUUCAAAAAAAGUGGAAAGCAGAAUCGUAGCUUUCAAGCUUCUUGGUAUAGAAAUAAUUCAAAAUGGCUUGAAUAUUCUCCUACAACAGAUGCAGCUUAUUGUCUACCCUACUUUGUCUUUCAUAAUCCAAAUGUGGUUGUGGGACAAAAUACAUUUAUUGUUGGUGGAUUUAGAAAUUGGAAAAAGGUUGGGGGCAAAGAUUGUUCUUUUCAAGUUCAUAUAGGAAAAGAUCCUAACUUAGCUCAUAGAGUUGCUGAGCAAAUGUGUAAGGAUUUGAUGAACCAAUCGCAGCAUUUGCAAAGGGUAGUUGAUCAUUUCACUACUGAACAAAUUGCAAAUAAUCGGUUGCAAUUGAAGGCCACAAUUUUUAUUGUGCGAUAUCUUGCCUUUCAAGCUAUAGCUUUUAGAGGUCGAGAUGAAAGUUUUAGUUCAUUAAAUCGUGGGAACUUUCAUGAAUCAUUGGGUAUUGUGACUUUUUGGAAUGAGAAGGUUGCUGAAAUAAUAGAAGAAGCUCCAAAAAAUGCAACCUACACAUCACCUAGGAUUCAAAAGGAAAUUCUACAUGUUUUCUCAGCCAAAGUGAAGAAGGCCAUUCGGGAAGAAAUUGGUGAUGCAAAGUUUUGCAUAAUGGUUGAUGAAGCUCGUGAUGAGUCCAUGAAAGAGCAAAUGGCUGUCGUGUUUAGAUAUGUUGAUGCAGAAGGCUUUGUGAAAGAACGCUUUUUUGGGCUUAUUCAUGUUGUUGACACUGCAUCUUUGACUCUAAAGAAGGGGAUAUAUUCUUUGUUAUCUCAAUAUUGCUUAGAUAUACAAAAUAUUCGAGGGCAAGGAUAUGAUGGAGCAAGCAACAUGCGAGGUAUGUGGAAUGGAUUACAAGUUUUGAUUUUGAAUGAUUGCCCAUAUGCUUACUAUAUCCAUUGUUUUGCACAUCGCUUACAAUUGGCAUUAGUAAAAGCAUCAAAACAAGUUGUUCCCAUUAGUCAUUUUUUUCUUACAUUGCUUUUUCUGAUCAAAAUUGUUCGUGCUUCAUGCAAGCGCAAUGAGCAAUUGAAAGUUGCCAAUGCUAAUGAAAUAGCACGUUUGAUUGAUCUUGAAGAGCUUGAGACUGGAAGUGGACUUAAUCAAAUUGACACUUUACAACGACCUGGAGAAACACGUUGGAGUUCACAUUUUAGAUCAGUUUCUAGCUUAUUAAGGAUGUUUAGUUCAACUGUUGAAGUUUUACAAAAUAUAAUUGAUGGUGCAAUUGAUGGAGAAAAUUGGGCAGAAGGAGAGUCAGCUUAUGAAGGUUUAACUUCAUUUGAAUUUGUUUUCAUCUUGCAUCUUGAGAAGGAAACUAUGGAGAUCAUUAAUAAACUUUGUCAAACUUUGCAAAGCCAAUCUCAAGACAUUUUAAAUGCCAUGCAUUUAGUUUCAUCUACUAAAGCACUUAUCCAAAAAUUUAGAGAUGAUGGAUGGGAUGGCUUACUCACCACUGUGAUAUCAUUUUGUGAGAAGUAUCGCAUUGAUGUCCUGGAUAUGAAUGCUUGUUAUGUUGCGAGGCGAGGUCGAGCUCGUAAUCAACCAGAUAACGAACUAAAUUAUCGGUUUAAUGAAGAUGCAAUGGAGUUGCUUAGGCUUAGCUCAGCUUUAGAACCUCGAGAGGCAUUAAAAUCUUUCAGAAUUAGUAAUCUUUGUUUGUUGGUAAAGAAUUUCUAUCCACAAGAUUUCACAGAUUAUGACAAACAACUGUUGAAGAAGGAGCUUUAUCAUUUUGAGCAUAAUGUAGUCCAAGAUCCAGAGUUCAAAAAAUUGAAAAGUUUAUCUGAGUUGUCUCAAUGGUUAGUGAGAACUGGAAAUUCAGAACACUACAAACUUGUUGAUAGAAUGGUGAUACUUGUGCUUACUCUUCCAGUUUCUACUGCUACUACAGAGCGAGCAUUUUCAGCUAUGAAACUUGUCAAAACUGAACUUCGAAACAAAAUGGAAGGUGACUUUUUGAAUGACUCUUUGAUGUUAUACAUUGAAAAGGAUAUAGCUUCGACAUUUAGUUUGGAUUCAAUAGUAGAUGAUUUUGAAGAUUUGAAAAAGCGUUGA